ACUUUAGGGGCUCCAUAGUAUUGUGCUGAUGUGCCGUGUUCAUAUCAAUGUUGCCAUGACUCCGUUUCCGGGUCUGGCGCGUCUUCCUGCUUGCAAAAACUAUAUUUUGACACACGCGGACUAAUCCCUGAAAAGGUUUAGUAUGCGUUCACUCAAAUAUAGCAGCGUCCACACCUCCUCUUCUCUCAAUGUGUUCUUCCGCCGAGAGAGAGAACUGUAACAAGGGAGAAGAUGAUCUCCAGGUUCCUGCUGCUCAUGGCGCUGAGCUGCUGUGACUGUGGAACAUUAGUAGUGAACGUGGCUCACACCUCCUAUCAGGCAGAGGAGAACCAGAUCGUCACACUGGAGUGGACCUUCACACCCAAACCUGACAGCUCCACACAACGUCUCUAUGUCCACUUUGAGAUGUUCAAUGAUCACAAACACUCAACCCUGUUUCAUCUUCAUGAUGGAGUCGAGGUCCCACUGAAGGAUGAAGAGUUUUCAGGACGAGUCCAGUGUGACAAAGACGUCCUCAGAGACGGACGAAUCAGACUUCAUGUGUCCUCACUCAGGACUGAAGACUCAGGCUGGUACAGGUGUGAAGUGUUCACUAACUCUGGUUCCAGCUGGGCCCGAUGUCAUCUCACUGUGACUGCAGCAGAUCAUGAGCCUGAAGAUCAGAGACCAACAGAGAGACCAGAACCACAAGGGACCAUGGCAGUCCUACCACAGCGCCCCCUCCUGGCUGUCGUCGGUCUUCUCUUGUGCUGUGUGAGCUGCGGCCUGUCAGUCCCUGACCCCCGGCAGAGAGACGCCCUGAUGCGGCUGGAGGCCUCCAUGCAGACAGGUGGCCAGGUGGUUUUGACUGAUGCUGAGCAGCGUCUUGAUGCUCUGCUGUCUAAGAUGAAGCAGGAGGAGAUGAAGAGAAAAGACUUUCCUCCUGCCAUGCACUUCUUCCAAGCGAGGGACCUUAUCAAUAAUAGCCCCAUCUUCAGCUUGCUCCAGAAGAUGCCCAAAGGCGCAGCCCUCCAUGUCCAUGACUUCUCCAUGGUUGCUGUUGAGUGGUUGGUGAAAAACGUGACGUAUCGUCCAAACUGCUACAUGUGCUGCACCGACAGCCGCUCCAUCAGGUUCAUCUUCUCGUCCAACUGGCCCAAAGCUCGGCCUCACUGCUCUCCCUGGACGCUGCUGGAAAACCUCAGAGCCAAGACUGCCAACACCACGGACCUAGACAACAGCAUCAUGGGAAACCUGACGCUCUUCACCGACCAGGAUCCAGAGUCAGUGUACCCCAGCCAGGAUGUGGUCUGGGGUCGGUUUGAACAGGCCUUCCUGGCAGUGUGGGGUCUGGUCACGUACGCUCCUGUGUUCAGAGACUAUUACUACGAAGGCCUCACCCAGCUCUACAUGGACAACAUCAUGUAUCUGGAGCUGAGGGCAUUACUCCCUGAGAUAUACGAGUUGGACGGGAGCACUCAUGACACAGCGUGGGCUCUGAAGACCUACGAGGAGAUCACCAGACAGUUCACAGCCGAGCACCCAGACUUCUUUGGAGCAAGAAUCAUCUUCACAGUUCACAGGGGAGUGGAUCUGUCUGUGAUGGUUGGAGUUGUGGAGGAGGCUAUGAAGCUACGGAGAGACCUUCCGGACAUCAUGGCUGGUUUUGACCUGGUGGGCCGUGAGGACAGUGGCAGACCUCUGUGGUACUUCAGAGAGGCCUUAUCUAUGCCAGGAGAGAAAGGAGUGACUCUUCCUUUCUUUUUCCAUGCUGGAGAAACAGACCUGGAAGGCACGGAGGUGGACCAGAACUUGCUGGAUGCCCUUUUGUUGAACACUUCUCGUAUUGGUCAUGGGUUUGCUCUGCUGCGCCACCCAGUGGCCAAAGAUAUAUCCAGGAAGAGAGGGGUGGCUGUGGAGGUGUGCCCCAUUUCAAACCAGGUGCUGAAACUUGUUAAAGAUCUACGGAACCAUCCUGCCGCUGCACUGAUGUCAGAGAAUCAUCCCAUGGUCAUCAGCUCUGACGACCCCGCCAUGUUCGGGUCCUCUGGACUCUCCCACGACUUCUACGAAGCUUUUGUGGGCUUUGGUGGGAGCAGUUCUCAUUUAGGCUCCCUGAAACAGCUGGCUAUGAACUCUAUUAGGUAUAGUUCUUUGAGUCCAAAGCAACAGGAGAAGGCCCUGGCUCUGUGGCAGAGAAGAUGGGAUAAGUUUGUCUCUGAGAAUGCUCUUUAGGAGGAAACAGGAGCUCUUUACAUGGUGAAUGAUGAAAUGUGAAUAGGAAAGGUUAUUUCCUGUUGUAUCUGCUGUGAUAACAGUCCAACUGUCCACGUCGUCACAAAGGGAAAUUGACUGUUUCCAUUACAUGCACUGGACAGCGGGACACAUAGCUGAGCUAUAUAUGGUAAGAUAUCGGGGGAUGAUUUCACUACACAGGUGACAUGGAUUCAAUCUUGAGGCUUGGUGUGGAUUCCUGCAGGGCUGUGAUGAGUUUGCUCUCUGAGGUGCAGGUUUGUGUUUGAGGACAGUGACAGUGCUAGGCAGGAUUGUUUCACCAGUAUUGUUUUGUUAAGCUGCUUUGAGUGUGUUUGUGUUGGUGCGUGCUUUGUGUGAGUGUUAUAGAUGCUGAAUAAUGUGUGUUCAAUUCAGAGAGUUAUGAAACUAUUUUCUUAAAAACAAAGUUUAGACAGUUUAUUGUCUUUUUACUUGAAUGUACAUUUGAAGGUUUUUAGUUAAAGUUCUAUAAAAGGGUGUAGUGGAUCUAUGCUCUAGUGGUCAUAUUUUAAGUGUUCAUAAGAAAGCUCCAAAGAAUCAAAAGAGAAUCCUUCAUACAUCAUUUUGAAUCAAUUGUAAAGAUUUGAACUACUGUCAGCAUCACCCAGAGAUCUUUAACUAUUGUCAUCUGUCAAACCUUAUUUUGAUAUUAAAAGCAACUGAUUGAUGUGAUCGA